AUGGAAGAUGAUCCAGAAAGCAAAGUUGAUUAUCAAGUUGAAAAAGAGAUUUUGGAUGAGCUCGUUCAAAAAGUAAUUUCUUUAGAGGAAGACAAUGAUGCUCAACACAAAGAGCAGACACAAUCAAUUAAAAAACAAGAAGAAGUUGAAUUAGAAAAACCUCAACAAAUUGAAAAAGAAGGGGGGAAUGACCGUCAAAUUAUUGAAGAAGAUCAGGACGAUGAGGAAGAAUGGGAAGAUGCUGGCGAUGGACGAGAAGAGGAUGAACAACUAGGGGAUGAACAAGAGUUUGAAGAUGAGCAGGAAGAUGAAGAAUGCGAUGAUCAGGAAGAAGAGGAUGGGGAGGGGAAGAAAGAUUUGGAUGAUGAUGAAAUUGUAGAAAAUCCAGCCUACAUUCCAAAACAAGGUAAAUUCUACAUGCACGAUAUUGACCGGUCUGUUCCGCCGGCUCGUCGUAGCCGUGUGUUUAAUCCUGCUGAGGACGAAGAAGAAGAGGAAGAUACAGAAGGUAUAUCAGCUGCAUCAAAAUGUGAGGAUGACAUGCCAAAAACAAGGGCAGAACGCGUCCAUAAAUGGAAACACGACAUGUUUGAUGAACGUGCACAAGGUCCUAAAGGCAGAGGGGAAUUGAUUCGCCGUUAUGGAUGUGAUAUUCGACGUGUUAAUGAGGACGAUGAUGAUGGAGAUGAACAACAAAAUAUUCAAAAUACUGAUCAAAGUCGACAACGAACUCGAGGAGCAAGAGAAAGAGGUGGUGGAGGAAUAAGACGUUCAAGAGGAAGAGGUUUAGUUGUAACAAAUCGGCGACAACCUGUGCAACAGCAACAAUUUUCUUAUCCAAAAGAAAGGGAUGGAAGACAGGAAGGACAAGAAGAGGAAGGAAAACAACAAGAAAGACAAUCACAACAAUUUAGUGGAAGUGGCGGGCGUGUUAUUCGAAAUAGUGGAACGCAUGGAGAACGUGGACGUGCUUAUGGACUCGGUAGAAAUGGUGGUGGCACUAAUGUUGGUUCUCGUGAUGGUCGUCCUAUGUCAAACAAUCAACCGUUUCAACGUGAAGGACGUUUUUCUGGAGAGGCACAAAGAGAAGGACGUUUCUCUAGAGGAGAAUCCCAACAACAACAAGAUAAUCAACAAAAACAAUAUAACCAAUCUUCACCUCGUAUUAAUCAAAAUGUCAGAGGAAUGCGUGGAGGACGAGGGGGAAGCAGAGGAUUUCAACAGGCUGUUCAUCGUGAAGGACGAUUUGCGGACAAUGAAAGAGAUUCCCAUCGAGAAGGUCGUUUCGCUGGAGAGGAUUCGCAGAGAGGUCGAUUUUCUAGAGGUGAUUCACAGAGAGAAGGUCGAUUUGCGGGAGGUGGAUCACAGCGAGCACGUACUUUUGGAGGAGAUUCACAACGAGGACAUCAUGAAGGAGGACGUUUUGCAGGAGGAGAGUCACAGCGAGAAGAAAGUUUUUUUGUUGGAGAUACACAACAAUUCCAAUCGCAACAAUAUAACCAGCAACAUAAUUCGCAACAUCAAUACAAUCAACCACCGCCUAAUCAGAAUAUCAAAGUGCCAAUGCGCGGAGGACGAGGGGGAGGAGGUGGAUUUGGGGGUGGCAGCCAUCGAAGUAAUUUUCAUCAAGAAGCAAAUGUUCAAUCUCCUAUUGUACCACCACAACAACAAUACAAUCAACAGGCACACGUUAAUUAUCAGGCCCCAGUACGUGGAGGACGAGGUGGAGGUGGAUUUGGGGGUGGCAGCCAACGCGGUAAUUUCCAAGGUUCGAUGCCUCCCCGCGCAGCACCUUUUCCUCAACAACAGGUGAUGCCACAAUAUGCUGGGGGAGAUAACAACUACAACAGCAAUAUGAGCAAUGUUCCUCCUCCCCAAAUACCAAUUCAACAACCUAUUGUGCAACAUUAUCAGCCUCAACAACAGCAACAGAUAUAUCGCCAGCCACCACAGCAAAUUGCAAUGGCUCCUCCGCCUCUUAUGGGACAACAGCAAAAUUAUCCUCAUCCGAGACAGCCAACAGAGCCUGUAUUCUUCGUUACUGACCAGCAACAGAAUCGAAUGAUGGGACAGUUUCCAAAACAAGAACGCCAACGGCAACCCUUACAUAUUGAACCUCCACAUUAA